CCCCGGCUGGCUGCUCGGUCGCCCGCGCGCCGCUGGCUGAGCUUCGGGUCGGGAGCGUCGGGCCUGAGAGCGGGAGGCGGCGCGGCUGCGGCGCCGCGGGGACGGCCGUGCCGGAGGCUUUUGUGCAGCCGCGACCUCGCCGACAGCUCCCGCCUCGCGUCCCCCGCCCGGGACCGAAGCCGCCGGCCGUCGCGGGCGGCCGGAUCCGCGUCCCGCCUCAGCGGCCCGAGGACAUGCGGGAGAGAGAAUGAGCCAGAGGGACACGCUGGUGCAUCUGUUUGCUGGGGGAUGUGGUGGUACCGUGGGAGCGAUUCUGACAUGUCCACUGGAAGUUGUGAAAACACGACUGCAGUCAUCUUCUGUGACGCUGUAUAUCUCUGAAGUUCAGCUGAAUACAAUGGCUGGUGCCAGUGUCAACCGAGUCAUGUCUCCUGGACCUCUCCAUUGCCUAAAGAUGAUCUUGGAAAAAGAAGGACCUCGUUCCUUGUUUAGAGGAUUAGGCCCCAAUUUAGUGGGGGUGGCUCCUUCAAGAGCAAUAUAUUUUGCUGCUUACUCAAACUGCAAGGAAAAGUUGAAUGGUGUAUUUGAUCCUGAUUCUACCCAGGUACACAUGAUUUCAGCUGCAAUGGCAGGUUUUACUGCAAUCACAGCGACCAACCCCAUUUGGCUUAUAAAGACUCGGUUACAGCUUGAUGCAAGGAACCGUGGGGAAAAGCGAAUGGGUGCUUUUGAAUGUGUUGCUAAAGUGUAUCAGACUGAUGGACUUAGAGGAUUCUAUAGGGGCAUGUCUGCUUCGUAUGCUGGCAUCUCAGAGACUGUUAUCCACUUCGUUAUUUAUGAAAGUAUUAAGCAAAGACUACUGGAGUAUAAGGCUGCUUCGCCCAUGGAAGAUGAUGAAGAGUCUGUGAAGGAAGCAUCUGAUUUUGUUGGAAUGAUGCUAGCCGCUGCCACCUCAAAGACCUGUGCCACAACUAUAGCCUAUCCCCAUGAAGUUGUAAGAACACGACUACGUGAAGAGGGGACGAAGUAUAGAUCAUUUUUUCAGACAUUAUCUCUGGUGGUUCAAGAGGAAGGUUAUGGGUCUCUUUACCGCGGCCUAACAACUCAUCUGGUGAGACAGAUCCCAAACACAGCCAUUCUGAUGGCCACCUACGAGUUGGUGGUUUACUUACUCAAUGGAUAGCGGUGCCGGUUGCCAGACCGGAAAGAGGGAAGACCAAAGGAUGACAGUGGACCAUGGAGUAUCGGAGCCAGCAUGGUGGACAGAAGAAAACGGUUUGGGAACAUGUGACUAUGCCCAAGUGCAAGUUUGGUUGUAGAGAUUAAAGUAAUUGUGCUACAUUGCUUGGUCUUUGCAGUGAUAUGAAGGAAUCCUCGGCUCUCUCCAAGGAAAUGCCUUUAGAAGCACUCCUUCCUCAAAAUUGCCAUUUUCUCUACCUUGGCCACACAGCCCAGUUGCAUUUUGUUUAUGGCAGGAUACAGUUUUUUAUCUCUGAGCACUUUCCCAGCCUUUUCUCCAGAGCUAUCCUCAGCUCUGCACUCUGCUGUGGCCGAUGAAAAUAGUAUUGACAGUCGCCCACUUCUGUGGGAUUCCCCUGCAGCUGUGUAACAGUAACAGUGAGCCCUUUACAGUUAAUUUCCUUUUUUUUUUUUUUGAAAGGAACUGGCACAGUAUUUUUGAAUUCAGUUGUUUGGCUUUAGAGGUUCCCUGUUUCUGACAGUAAACAGAGUGGCAUGGAAAGGUCAUCAGUGGUCAGGCCCACCACUCACAGAGCCUGGUUUCCAGCAUGGCCUGGGCACUUUCAUUGUUGGCAUCGCAAACUCAGACGGUACUGGGGUAGGACAAAAGAAACCAUAUGUUGAUUCCUGGUCAUUUCAGUGUCUUGGGCAUGUCCUGUCCUUUCUAACUUCCAUGAUAGGGGAAUGAAUACAACAGUCUUUUAGUGAUAAAUUACAAGUUAUGAACAUGAAUUCUCAUCAGACCUAGUGACAAUUUUCUUGAAGCGGAAGAAAUUAACCUCUUCUAACUCUUUCUGUUAUCUUUAUGAAAAACAGAAACAAAAAAACUACAAAAUCCUUUGCAUAAUUUCCAGAAGAUCUAUAAAUGAAUUUAUUUUGUAGAGAAAAUGGUAAUUUUACUUGCCCUUUUACCAGAAAGGAGGUGCCUGAUAAUACUGGGGUGCCUAGAAACACUGCAGAGAGGGGCCUCUGACAGCCCUGGCCAUGAGCUCCCCUCUUUUGGCGAGAUGUUCCUCCUGUCCUGCUUUCCUGAAGGUGAAAUUAUAGAAAGAAGUGAUGGGGAUUCAGUGUGCCAAGGGGCUUGAGCCUCUGCAGGGUGCCAUUAAGUGAAAUUGCACCUUUUGAAUACUUCUGUGUAUUACAUGUAUGGCCCUUAGGAGAAUAUUUGCUAUAAUUCUAUUAAACUAUACUGGCAUAUGAAACCUCUGUAACUAAACCCCAGUGUGGCGCUCAUUCCAUAUACAUGGACUGUACGUUUUGUGCAAUGGCUUUAUCUUAAGAAAUACUCUGGAUGCACUUUGUGGCCUUGCUGAGAGGUGGGGCUGGGGGGGCAAGUACAAGGGAAUUCCACAUUAAGAUGAUUGAUUUGAGAGUAUUGCCAUGUGUGAAUGAGACAGAAGCAGUGUUCAUGACAAUUUCCUGGGUUUUAGGUGAGUGGUGGAGGGCUCCAAUAUGAAUGUCAGAAAUGUUCUGUGUGUGCACUGUAGUGCCCUAGUACUCCUAACGUUCUAGAAACUUCUGUGAUGUCAUUGUAAGCGUUCUCUGUUGUCACCAGUGAAACAGUGUCCUCCACCCUCUUAACUUCCUUAUAUAAGCUCAGUACUAACUGGAUGUUUUUGAGGUGCUUCGAUUGGGAUUUUUAAAUAUUCCAGUCUAUUUGGAGACCAAAGGCAAAUUCACAUUCAUACCUUUGGGAUAACACAUACCUUUGAAGGUGAAUUUCAGCUUUGAUGUUUAUCAGGAGGAUCAUGCCAAAAAACAAACAGCAGCAAAAGGCUCCUAACUUCAGUCUCGAGAAAGCCUCUGUCUAUACAGUAUUUGCCUUUUCAGGUGCCACUUACUGCCUACUCAGUGCCAUUUGCCUUGUGAAGAGCUGUAAACAUUAGUUGUGUUGAAUGUGUAACAGAUUUCCGAAUCAUAGUGAUCUGUACCCCUGACAUGACAAAGAAUGACCCGAAGACCAGCAGUUAAGGCAGAACAUCAUCUUACUUCAUUGUAGCAAAUCCAUGACAAGUGCCCUUCCAGAAUGGACACCUAUUCUGUUCCCGUUUGUACUCAGCAAAUAAGAUUCACCUUGACCUUUAGUGCAUUAUAUUCCACUUUUAUGUGAUUAUGUAUGUACAGAAGAAGAUCUCAAGGGUCUUAGAGUUUGUAUCUUUGUGCAAGGACUGAAAAGGAGCAAUGGAGUUUUAUUUUGUUGUUUUAUUUUUUACCCCAAAAGCACAAUGUUCCAUUUACUUUAUAUACAACAAAACUUUUAAAAAGAAAGCUACAUUGGGACUGGAGAAUUUGUACUGUUGGUGGGGUGCUUGCUCUGUACAGGGCUUGAUUUCCAGCACCCCAUAUGGUCCCCCAAGCCCACCAGGAAUAAUUCCUGAGCACAGAGCCAGGAAUAAACCCUGAGCGUUGCUGAGUGUGGCUCAAAAAAACCAAAAAAAAAAAGUGUAUAUAAAAGUUCAGUAUUAAGUGUCUGAAUAUUUUCUGGAGUUGUUUUUUUGUUUUGUUUUGUCUUUUUUUUUAAUGCACCAUCAUUUUUUAGAAAAUAUUUGACAUUGGACUUCGAAAGAACUUUUUUGUGUUUUCUGUUAAAUUGUUUUUUAUUUCUAGUGUAGAGGUAGGUGCUCAUACAGUCUUGGAGUAGGUACUUUUUGUGGUAGAUCUUCUCCGAGCAUUGAGGUGGACUUGGGGUUAAAACAGCAGAGACUGACCGCCUAUGCUCCACGGGACAGCGGGCACACUGGAGCAGCCUCUGGCUCUUCCAACGAGUUCCUGAAGUCCAGAGUUCAGACUGAGAAUGACUGACCCUAAGAGAGUGGGGUGCCAUACAGUGCUUUUAAAUCCAGGAAAAAUAAAUAAACCAACAACAAAACCUAUCACCAAAGCUUUGUCUUCAUUUUCGUUAUGUACAUAACUUCUGGAGCCAGCUUUUUUCCUAGGGGCCAACAGCAGUUGUAACUUUGAAACCGAGCUAGAUUAAACCAUCCAGUCUAGCCUUUCUUCUCCUAAAACCUAAGCGCAUUGUAUAUAGCAUGAUCACAUUAGUACCAGCAGAGUUUUGAGGGGGGUUAAAAUAAUGAGUGUUGGCUCCUUUCCUCAAGAUCAACAUUUGUUCAUUUUCAAAUUUGUUAUCACUGAAAACAUUGAUUCGAGCUGGGGAGAUGUAAGGACAGAAACGGACCUGUCCUGUCCUCUUCAGCAUUGUUUCUGUCGCUCUCUGGCUGUUUACAUGCUCUUCUGCCCAAAUUGGAGGGAGCCCUGGGAGGCUGGUCCCCUCCCCCCCAGCCUGUUUUCUCCUGAUUGAUCAUGACUUUAACAUUCCUCAGAACAUGCAGACUUUGGAAACUUCAAUUGGGAGGAAUUUUAAAUGAAAGCUUUGUAAUACAAUUUGCUCCUACCCUAUCAAAAUCUCCAUCAUGCCCUUGUUUUUCUUAUUCAUCAUCAGUACACUGAUUUUUAUGCUAUUCCUUUUAGAAACUGAAAAUUCUAGCGUCGCUCAGUUUUUGUGCUCAUAGGCAUUUUGAAUGUGUAGCCCUGCAUAUGUGAAUGAUUUAAUUAUGACCUAUCAGUUGUAGCUUUUUACUUCAAGAGUUGGCAUCCUUUGACCAUGUAUGUGAGGUUUGCUAUUGCAUUUCUGUACAUGGCUGUAAACUAUGUGCAUUUACUCUGUAUUUGUAAUUAGCUGAAUUUUAUUUGAAUUGUUAUUCAAAAAAUUAAAAUAUGCUUAUGACAAUAUGA